GGCCUUGCGUGCUCGGGCCUGGCCACGCCGGGAGAAGCGGCGAUGGAGGCGGCGGGCGGCGGCGGAGCGGCGGGCGGCAUCGCCCUGCACGACUUCAGCGGGCAGCUGGGCGAGCAGCGGGUGCACUUCCACGCCAUGCGGCUGCGGGACUCGCUCUUCCUCUGGGUGGGCGCCGCUCCCGCCCUGGCCAGCCUGGCCGUCGCCAUGUGCAGCCCCCGUGACAGCAUCCCUGUGGCCGCCUCGCUCCUGGGGGACCCCUCGGACACCGCCUCCUCCUGCCUGGCGCAGCGCUUGGCCAGCAAGACCAAAAAGCAGAUAUUUGUCAGCUACAAUCUUCAAAACACAGACAGCAAUUUCACCUUACUCAUAGAAAACAGGAUCAAAGAAGAAAUGACAGCUUUUCCAGACAAGUUCUGAUUGUGCAUCAUUGUAAAAGAAGACGAAGGUUUUGUUUCAGAAAAACUUACUUCAAUUUUCACACUGACAUUAAGUUAGUAUAUUUCUUUUAUAUUAUUUUGAUUGAAUUUGUGGUUGUUAUUAAAUACAGAUACACUUGACUAGGAUUUUCUUUUUUUUCAAAUAGAAUUUGAAUUUUCAAAGCAAUUUUUUUUUUGCUACCCUGCCAAGUAGGAUAGCAAAUGGAUGCUGCAAUGGAUGAACAUGAUUGAAAAAGUGCAUGUGAUGUGUGGCCUCUACACAGUACUGGGAUCUGAUGGCGAAUCAGUUCCAAAUGCUAUCUGUACAAUUAAUCUAAUAAUUAUGUGUGUAAUUAAUAAUGCUGUGUACUAGCACUGAACAUAGUAUAGCAGCUUUUAGUGUUCAAAUAAAGAAACCCCACAUUUUUGUAUGGUAAA